AUGUUCUACAAUGACGAGGAAGAUGGAAAUGAGAAUGAGCAACCUCCCACCCCCAAAACCUUAUCGAUGCCCAAAAAAUAUAAACGGAGGAGGAUUAUCACCAUCGAUUGGGAGGCUUCCAAAGCGCAUGCAGGGGAGGCAAAGGAUCAAAACAACGUAAUGACUCAAAAGUGCUACUUAAAGAAGCUACUGCCCAUCUACGUUGAUGCUCAAAAAGAAGAUGCGGAAAAAUCGACGAAUAAACCGUAG